CUAGCAUGUAGUGUUCAAGUCACUCUAAUCUGAAUAGGAAGGAUCGUAGAGACUAGACAUCAUUUACCACUCAUUUUGUCCAGUUGUAGUUCCCUCAAAACAAAUAAAACAAUAUCAGUGAAGAAUGAGAUCUCAUAGUUCUAUGCUACGGUAGGCCACGUUUGUGCAAAUCAAGUAUUCCGUUAAGAAUAAUUAAAAUAAAUGUACAUUUGCCAUGUUGAUAUGUGGUUGAAAAGUCAUUUUUCCAUUAUUUACUUCAUAGUCAUCAUGGGUUGCCUUUUUAAUGAAAAAGCAUUCUCAAAAGCCUUCAUAAGUUUUGAAAACUUUACAACGGUACUUUAGUUUUUAAGAGACCUGAUUUUCUAUUUCUGUUCAUCACAUUCAUUGCGUAUCCUAAACAUUUCAGGUUUUCAGAAAUGCCUACGAACAAUUAUGUUGAGUGCAGUUUUUGGAAUUUCGAUAGUCUUUUUCAACCACAACAACAUCCUGCUCGUGAUGCUCAUGAUACAUUUUUCCUUUCAGAUCCUGAGACUUCGGAUAUCAACAAUACAGUUGAAUCUUGUUACAUUGAUAAAGUUCGCACUGUGCAUAGUCAAGGUGCUUUUGGUAGUCGAGGCUAUCAGUCACCAUGGCUAAUAGAGGAAGCGGAGAAAAAUUUGUUGCGUACACAUACAACAGCAGUGAGUGCCCGAAUGCUUCAUGCAUUAUCUAAAAAGAACGGACAGAGUGAAAUGAAGUCAGAGGCUCCAUAUUAUAGAAUGUACUAA